AUGCCGAGUACACAGGAAGGAUGGCUAAAGAUCGCUGCCGGCUUCGAGAAUGUAGCAAACUUCCCUAACUGCAUCGGCAGUAUCGACGGGAAGCACGUACGAAUAAUCUGUCCUGAACACAGUGGAAGUUUGUUUUCAAACUAUAAAAAGUAUUAUUCUAUUGUUCUAUUGGCCAUGUGUGAUUCCGAUUAUCAGUUCACCUACAUAAAUGUAGGUUCAUGUGGAACAGACUCAGACUCAACUAUUUUUAAGGGAAGCACUUUAUUUACGAACAUAAAUAAUGGAGACAUAACGUUACCUCCACCAAAACCACUACCUAAUACUACCGAACCACUUCCAUAUAUGAUAAUCGGUGAUUCUGCAUUCGGUAUAUCGAACAAAGUUUUAAGACCUUACGCACGAAGUAAUCUGACAACAAAAAAGAAGAUAUUUAACUAUAGAAUGAGCCGUGCUAGAAGGUAUAUUGAGUCUACAUUUGGAAUAAUGAGUAAUAAAUUUAAUAUAUUUCAUAGACCAAUGAAUACUUCUUUGCCAAAUACAAUAACAAUCUUAAAGGCUUGUUGCGUUUUGCAUAACUACAUAAGAGAACGAGAUGGUUACAGAGUAGAAGACACACUAACUGUUGAGGGGUUUCAAGAACUUAAUCUCAAUAUGAACGGUAAUAUUACAAGAUCAGGCGAUAUGAUAAGGGAUAAAUUUGCCAACUAUUUCGUUUCUCCUAGUGGAAGUGUACCGUGGCAAGAUACUAGUAUAUUUUAA